AUGCACCUCCGCGAAAUCUCGUCGGAUAUGGCUAUGGCAAAGAGGGCGCCCUACAAAGUCCUGGUUGCUGGGGGCUCGUACGCUGGCCUUUCAGCGGCUCUCAAUCUUCUAGAUCUGUGCAAUGGAAAGCCGUGUCGAUUCUCUAUGCCUGCUCAAUCUGAGCAGGACGCUGCAACGGAGAAGAUUAAAGUUCAAAUCACGAUAGUAGAUGAGCGUGAUGGCUAUUAUCACCUCAUUGGAACUCCACUCGCAUUUGUCUCACGAGACUAUGCAGAGAAAACCUGGAGGAAGUUUCAGGACAUCCCUGCCCUUCAAGCGCCUGAAAUAAAGUGUAUAAGAGGCCGCAUAACUGGUGUCAACUGUGAACAAAAAACAGCUACAAUUUUUGAAGUUGAAAAGGAAGAACAAAUUGAAGAUCAUUAUGAUUAUUUUGUUGCUGCCACCGGCCUGGAGAGGAACUGGCCAAGUGCGCCGCAAUCUUUAACAAGAGAGGAAUACCUGCUAGAGACAAGAAAGCAUAUCAAACAAAUUGAAAAUGUACACGAUGAUAUUGUCGUAAUCGGAGGAGGUGCUGUUGGGAUCGAAAUGGCUGGCGAGCUUAAACUGACUCACCCAGCUAAAGCUGUCACACUCAUCCAUUCAAGGCCCAAGCUCCUUUCAUCUGAGCCGCUCCCAGAUGAUUAUAGAGACCAUAUACUGUCUCUACUUCAUAAGGCUGGAGUGGAAACCAUCCUGGGGGCUCGCGUCCAAGAAAUUCUACCGUCGGAGCUGAAAGCCGGAUUUCCGCCUAGCAGCACAAUUACACUCGAUGAUGGCAGGAAAAUCAAAGCCGGACAUGUUAUCAAAGCUAUUUCAAAAUAUAGGCCAACCACAUCUUACCUACCUGAAAUAGCUAUGGACGAGAAUGGUUAUGUCAAGAUAUCCGCUGAGUUGAACUUCCCUUCAAAUGUUCCGAAUGCCGAAUAUCACUAUGCUGCAGGAGAUCUUACCCUAUGGCCUGGCAUCAAGAGAGGAGGUGCUGCGAUGUACCAUGGCCAUUAUGCCGCAACAAAUAUAUAUCAGCGGAUGCGAAAUGACGCCUUGGGUGUCCCACCGGAAUUCGUUGAAAUUGAACGAUCGCCACCCGUUAUUUGCAUUGCAGUUGGAACUGAAGCUGCCGCCUGGACCGGUGAGAAUGGUACUAUUUCUGGGGAAGAUGUGCUGGAUCUUUAUUUCAAUAAUGAUCUAGGGCAUCAGAUUUGUUGGAACUACAUGAAGUUGGGAGAACAUCCUCCCAGUCCUUGA